CAAUUCUUUAAAGCAGUGGAACUGCAGUUUUCAAGGAAUGGAUUUUUGAAAAUACUUUUGUAGAUAAAAAUAAGGGAUAAAAUCAUCCCUUUGCUUCUAAAGGGCUCAAGUUGUUUACAAGCCUGUAUAUAAACUGAGGAAAACUCAGAUUUCUUUGUAUACUAAACACCUUUGAAAAUCUGACUUCUUAGAACUUCAUUCACUUUUGAAAAUGGGACAUAGGCUCUGUAAACGUUAUGGCAUUUCUGAAAAUAUUACCUUAUGCUUCCUGUCAAUGUUUAUCAUGUUGAGCCAAACUGCAGAGACUGCUGACAGUGGUUGCUCUAUUUGGAGAACGUGUACUUUGGCAAGCACAGAUUUUCUUUUAGAAAAGUGCAAAAUUUGGAAUGGUAUUUUUAGAAGAGCUAUGAAGGGAAUCCCAUUAAGCUUCCAAACCCAUUGGAUAAGUACCUUAAAACCGGCAGGACUGAAGAACAAAAUGUGUCUUUUAGGUCUUAGAGUUAUUUAGUAGUAGAAAUCAAUCAUGACUCGAUGAGAAAAAAAAUAACACAGCCAUACCAUUUUAUGUGUAAUAUACAGCCCAUUUUCUCAAGGAGUCUGUAAAAACUAAGCCAGUAUCCUGGAACUGAUCUCACAAAAGCAGGACAUGCUGCCUACUUUUUUUCUGUGCUGUAUUGUUUGCACUGGAGUACAAGGAGCCGCCUUGUUGGACACUGCCCUAUACAUAUUUGCUUGAGUGACCACUGUUACAUUCCAGUAAAUGAAAGGUAACCUGAUCCUACAUGAAAGAAAAGUAAAUUAGUGCCCUUUUUACUGCAGGAUUUCAGCAUACAUAGAGGGUCUGCUCAGAGAGUAUCUGCCACCUACAAACUCCUACCUUUCUUGUCUUGCAGUAACCUGGUUUAAUUCCUAUAGGUUUAUGAAACUAUUGCAGUGGGCAAAAUGAUUGCCCUGCAGUCAGUCGGGAAACCUGGUGGAGCACAGCAGGUGCUGCAGCACCGACCUGAUCCAGACCCUGCUGAAAUCGGGGAGGAGGGCUCCUGCUGUCAUUUAGCUUUCUUGAGUGAGGCCCUCCUCAGGAAGCAGUAGCCAACACCAGAUGAAUCCAAAAUCAGCAUAAACAACUGAGCAAGGACCUGUGCAGACCUGGUGAAUACAACAGGACCCUUUUGACUUUUUAUCCAUAGAAACAUGAAGAUGUUAUUUUUCCUAUGUCUUUUAAUUGUCUGGAUUCAUUCCAACAGUUAUUGUUAUGAGCCUAAUCACCAAGGUGUAAGAAACCAAAAUCAAAGAGGCCAAGAAAACCGAAAUAAGCCACAGCUCAUUGUAGGGAACAGUGUUUGUCAGUUUGCAUGUUGUUUCUACAAAGAGAUUUCUUCUCGACAAAACAGUGGAAAUGUUUUCUUCUCUCCUUUGAGCAUCUCUACUGCCUUUGCAAUGCUGACUCUGGGUGCCAGAUCAGACACACUGUCACAGAUUCUUAGGGUCCUUAGCUUUAACCCACGUGAGAUUUCUGAAAAUGAAAUACAUGAAGGUUAUCGCCAACUCAUGAACAUGGUAAACAGAAAGAAUGAGGGGUUACAGCUGAAUAUGGGAAAUGUCCUGUUUGUACUUGACAGACUGAAGCCACAAGAUAAAUUUUUAAGUAACCUCAGAAACUUCUAUGAAGGAGAAGCUUAUCCUAUGAACUUCAAGAGGGCUGAUCAAGCCCAGGUAAAGAUCAAUGAAUACGUAGCAGCAAGAACCAAUGGGAAAAUCAAGGACCUUAUAAAUAACCUCGAUCCACUUACUGAAAUUCUCCUUAUUAGCUAUAUUUAUUUUAACGCUCAAUGGGAAAAGCCUUUCGAUACAAAAUACACUAAGAAGAACAAAUUCUAUGUGGAUGGGAACAAGGCUGUUGAAGUCCCAAUGAUGUUUGGAAUGGGCCAGUUCAAGCAUGGCUAUGAUGAACAGCUGUCUUCCACUGUGGUGCAAAUGGAUUACAAAGGUGGUGCUUCAGCAUUUUUUGUUCUGCCUGAUCAGGGAAAAAUGAAGAAGCUGGAGAAACGAUUGUCUUGUGAACGUAUGUCAAGGUGGAGGACAUUAGUCUCAAAAAGCUCAGCAAAUGUGUAUCUUCCAAAAUUCACUCUUUAUGGGACAUAUAACCUGAAAGAUAUCUUAUAUAAAAUGGGUAUCAUGGAUGUAUUCACUGAUAAGGCUGACCUGUCUGGGAUCACUGGGCAGCCCCAGCACAGAAUUUCCCAGGCUAUUCAUAAGGCUGUGGUAAAGGUGGAUGAGACUGGCACUGAAGCGGCAGCAGCCACAGGCAUGGAAAUAGUGCCUAUGUCUGUUCCGGCUACCAUUAUGUUCAACAGGCCCUUCCUAAUGGUCAUAACUUUGGAAAGCAAUAUACUAUUCAUGGGAAAAAUUGUGAACCCUCUGAAAAAAGAUUAAGUUUAUGUACAUAUUAAGUAUGCAGUGAUCACCACUGUUAAAUCAAGUGUUUGACCUGAUGAGUAUGGCAUGGCUACCGAGGGCUCUCCAUCUCUUAACUGAUGUUAUUCACUGUUUUUUUGUAGAUGAGACUCUUCAUCAGUUUAAGUUGUCAUAGUUGCAUAUUUGUUUGGGCCUUGUUUUUUUUUUAAUUCUUUUUUUUUUUUUAAGAAGGUUACAUUCAGGCAGAACUGUCAUUAGAUCUGGGACAAAAUAGGCCUGUGUGAUACUGACAGCACAUAUACAUCUUCUAGCAGGGAAGAUGAGGAGCAUGUGGGUGGAGAGGGCUGUGUAAGCCUGCUUCUUCCCUCAUGGCUGCCUUCUCACCUUUUUUUUUUUGAGUUGACUGACAAAUGAGUACAAGUUACGGCACUCUACUACUUGUACCCAUUUUCCUACCAACAUGAAGUUUAUAUCUGUCAUAGAUCUUAACAUGCAUUAUGCUUACUACCUUGCAUAGUACCAUAGUUGUCCAGUGAGUCUAUAACAUACUUGCCUUUCAGCUGUCGUCCAGUUAGGCUGCUGCAAAGGGGUCACAAAGAAGGUGUGUUUUUCCCCUGCAGAUGUAUACUGGCCUGCCCACUGUUUCUGUCGGGGUUUAUAGGCCAGACUCAUUUCAGGGCAAAUGUUCCAUGUCAAAAAAUUGGGUCUAAGAAGUUAAGAGGUAGAUGAUAUCUCUGCAGUUCAGUGAAGUGCCCUGGCGCCAACCUUUGUGAAUCACACAGACAGCACAGAGCAGCCAGAAGACUACUUCUAGCCUAUGCCUGCACCUAAACCAGCUCCUAGAAGUCCCUGAGCAGCAAGAAACAUAAACCAUUUCCCCCCCUGGUGCCAGUGCCUGUACCAUCAUCAUCUGGCCCUGGGAGAUUACCCAUGGUAGUAAGCAUCAUUCCAGUAUUGACUGUAGGAUCAAGCACCCUACCAGUAACACCUAUACUGCAUCAGUGACACCUGUGUCUCUUGAUGUAACCCCUUCUGUUCCCAGACUGUCCAGUAAUACAGCAUUGGUACUCUUGUUUCUCAACCGCUUCAUGGUUAGUAUAGCCACAAUAUUAUAAAGAUCUGUUUUUACUAUUAAGGUACAAAAUACUAAGUCACAUCCAUAAUGCACAUGCUUAUUUAUUUUUUUCUUGUUUACUUUCCUUUUUUUUUCUUCUGUUUUCACAACUUCUAUCAUUAUUUUAUUUCUUUGCUCGUGUUCAUGGUAUAUAUCUGAUCUCUGGUUGCAGGAGGGGUAAAUUAUUGACUAAAGUGGGUUAGUCUGUUCAUACGUAUUAAAAAUUAACACCAGUCUUUGUAUAGCCUCGAAACAUGCAGACAAAUGCACUAUGGUAGAAGAACUACAAUGAAUAAACAUGACAUUAAAAAGUU